AGUUUCAUUUUGAAGGUCUCCUUCUCCCAUCUGGCAAAUCUCCCUUUUCUCUCUUUCAAUUUUCCCCAACACAUAAAUACAAUUUCUAUUUCGAUUUUACGGUUCUAGCUCAAUCUCAAACCACCCACGCACAUGAUCCCACCAACGAUCUGCGUUCUUCUUCCUCGAUUCCCUGUUUGAAACCUAGCUACAGCAAUUCGCUGCCAUUGAUUCUCAUGCUUUUUCAAUCCGAUUGAGCAACCUACGGAUUCUGACUCUCUCCCUCUGUGUGGAGAGAUCGGUAGCUUCUCGAUCGCACGCGGAUCUGAACAGUUCCAAACACGAUGCCGUCUCACGCGGAUCUGGACCGUCAGAUCGAGCAUCUGAUGGAGUGUAAGCCUCUCUCCGAGGCCGACGUUAAGACGCUUUGUGAUCAGGCAAGGACGAUAUUGGUCGAGGAAUGGAACGUUCAGCCGGUCAAGUGCCCGGUCACCGUUUGUGGUGAUAUUCACGGCCAGUUUUAUGAUCUUGUCGAACUGUUUCGGAUAGGAGGGAAUGCUCCUGACACUAAUUAUCUCUUCAUGGGUGAUUAUGUGGACCGUGGAUACUAUUCUGUGGAAACCGUUACACUUCUAGUGGCUCUGAAAGUUCGUUAUAGAGAUAGAAUUACAAUCUUGAGGGGAAAUCAUGAGAGCAGGCAAAUAACUCAAGUUUACGGAUUCUAUGACGAAUGUUUGAGAAAAUAUGGAAAUGCAAAUGUCUGGAAGCACUUCACUGACCUCUUUGAUUAUUUACCUCUUACAGCUCUAAUUGAGAGCCAGGUUUUUUGUUUGCACGGAGGACUUUCACCAUCUUUGGAUACCUUGGAUAACAUCAGAUCGUUGGACCGAAUUCAAGAGGUUCCACAUGAGGGACCGAUGUGUGAUCUCUUAUGGUCUGAUCCUGAUGACCGUUGUGGUUGGGGGAUAUCUCCUCGCGGUGCUGGGUAUACAUUUGGGCAGGACAUUGCCACCCAAUUCAACCACACAAAUGGGCUAUCACUGAUUUCAAGAGCCCACCAACUUGUAAUGGAGGGAUACAAUUGGUGUCAGGACAAGAAUGUGGUGACUGUUUUUAGUGCUCCAAAUUAUUGUUAUCGGUGUGGGAAUAUGGCUGCAAUCCUUGAGAUUGGGGAGAAUAUGGAUCAAAAUUUUCUUCAGUUUGACCCUGCACCACGCCAAAUCGAACCCGAUACCACACGGAAGACCCCCGAUUAUUUUUUGUAAACCCUCGGCCGCUUGUAAUCCUCCCUUAAUCUGCGGUGUUACUGUGAAUUUGACUUUGAAAAAGGAGCAGUCUUUGUUUAAGUUUUCACCAUUCUUUUGUUUGGAGUUUGUGCUGUGAUAUGCUGCUCUGUUAAUGGUGCGCUGAAGAUUAGAUUGAUGAAGAAGAAGAAUGACAGAAAGGCGUGGGUGGCGUAUUGUGUUGUAUAUUUUUUCAAGAACGAACACGAGCGAGCGGUAAUAACCUUUCCCUGUGCUCUGUAAUUUUACGUUUUCAAAGUAGGGAGCUGAUUUUUGAAACGCUUUGUAGAAGUAUUAUGUUUGAGAUCCCAAUGCUAAUGAAAACUUUGGUUAUUUAUUUUUAUCAAAGUUGU